UUUAAUGUUAAAAUGCACGAUAAUUCGUAAUGUACCGUCUCAGGCAAUAUUUCAACAACCUGUUGAUACUACAACAAAAACAACAGCAGCACUGCUUUUCUCAUAGGGAUACCAAUGGCGAUGAAUUUAUUGGAUGGAUUCCAGUUGAUAAAAUUGAAAAACGGUUCAUGCGAAGCAGUGGUCCUGGCGGCCAGAAUGUUAACAUGGUGAAUACAAAAUGUCAAAUAAGGUUCAAUUUAAAUGAAGCGAACUGGUUGAGCUCGAGAAUUCAAGAUAUAUUCCGGAAACGUUUUGUUCGACUGCUCAAUAAACAACACGAUGUUGUGAUUUCGUCAGAUAAAUCGAGGAUUCAGGCAGAGAAUCAGGAUGACUGUUUUAAAAAACUGCGGGCUUUGUUAUUGGAAUGCAAUAAAGAGCUCCUGAAUAAUAGAUCGCCGACACGUCAGGAUAAAGCUAUUCUAGAUUACAGAGCAAAAAGAGCAGCACAGCGGAGAUUGUAUACAAAACGCAUGCAAUCUCGGAAGAAGAGAAGUCGAGAUCCGUAUGAGUCUAUUUGAAGUACUCUCGAUUGUUUUUGUUUAAAUUUAUUUUGUAUGACAGGUAACAAUGGUACUGGAAAAAUAACUAAUGUUUCAGUUAAAAUGAAAGGUUUAUUAACCUCCAGUUUGAGAAUCUUUUGAAUAGCUCGUUUACGACGAUUUUUGCGAUGCUAUUAGAUUGCUAUUAUGGUGUCGUUAAAAUCGCCAGGCGAAGCAGUGAAUAAAUAAUUUCUUCGUUGUUUAAUUUAAUACUGCUGGGCAUAAUAUGUUGUAUGUGUGGAUAUACUUUUUUAUUGUAAAAUAUGAACUGAAAUUGUGCAUCCAUUGUGUCCAUGUAUCCAUGUGCAUGCGCUAACAAGUGUUAAUUCUUGUAACCUGAGAACUGUACCAGAAUCCGCCAUACUUGAGAAAAACAGAGUCUUGAGCACUAAAAACGUUUCUUAAAGACACGUUUCAACGACGUCGAUUGGAUAGGCGAUAUCGAGCGUCAUUGGGUUUCUUAUCCCAUUGUUAUCGUCAUUAACUGUAAUCGCUGAGUUCGUUGUUGUAUCAACAAAUUUGUUGUAAUAAAGAUUUAAUUACCCAA